AUGUUAACAGUUCUGUUCAGGUCUACCUCCGCCAAAAUCUCCUCUCGGCGUUUCCUUACUCUGGUGUGUGCUACCCUUGACGUUCUCGGCCGCUACAACAAGGCCACCUUUACCGACCUUUGUCUAGGACACACGGGAACCAUUCAGCAACAUGACAGUGUGGUUAUUGGUUGUAAAUAUCGGAGGUCGAGCAUUGAAGGUUGUAGUGAACGAGCUUUUCAGGAUCGGCCGGGAAAGGUACCUUUUAAUUUAUUUGUAAGGGUAUUUUGGAUACAGUUGAUGCGGGAACGUUUUCCGAAUUUGUGUGAGUUCGUCUGGUCUAAUUCUUGACCAUAGGCUGUACAAGAUCUUGUCAAGUCCCUUGAUAACGUUUUGCUGCCAAAUUGCCGGCUACAGGGACUCUUAGGCUGCUGUGUUCGCGGGCCGAUGCGAACGAUCCCAAUUUCGCAUACAAACGCAUACACGCACCGUCUUAGGCGGAGUCGUGGACAUUCCCAGUCGAGUAGACUGCUAGAUGCCUGGGACUACGAGCUACGGAAAGGCUCCUGAUGGGGGGCUGUCUGUUUUGCCGCGUAAAAUGCUCUUGCAGGCAUAGGAGCACAUGCAUCGUCACGGCUUGCUUACUGGACGGAAACUGCCGUCUGGUCAACACGGGUUCCCAUUUCUACCCAACUUAUGAUCGUCCCUGCAACGGUUAAAAGUACUCCGGGCUAUGCUAUCAGGGGUGGUGUUAUUUACCCAAAUCGCCGGUACCAGGCACAACAUUCAAAUUCUGUUUCGUUCUCCCUCUAUACAGCAUGAACUAGUUGACUGUUACGUGGGGGAUUCAGUUCACAAAGUUAUACGUACGUGUAACGACUAGACACUCUUAGUCAGGGGCAGCAUACGACCUCUAUUUGUUGCGGAUUUGAUCCACUUUUUUAUGAGCUCGCAGAAGAUUUCUUGUGCAUCGUUGCACAUGUUGACAGUACACCCAUUUGGCAGACGGAUUGUAGGGUCCGACGGUCACUAGUUUUUCCAGCUUGCACGACUCCUGCUGGGUCUUCUACGUCUUAUCGUCAUGCGUACCAUUAUGUCUGCUGCCGUACUAGCAUUUUCUUAUCUGCGAAUACCGACACCUUGUUUUCAGCCACAAGACGCACCGUCAUGUGGGACAUUCUGCCCACGGUCAGUUUUGAUCUCAAAGAGGUGCUCGUCCGAAAUUUUGCUCGAUUCUUGCAACCGAAUCGUCCCAAUCGAAUAUGCAACUGGCUGCUGCCGUAUCGUUCUCUUAUAUUUACAACUUAUCUGAAUUGACGGAUAUUUAUCGUUCGCGACGUAGGCCACUUCCUUGUCCUUGUAUAUAGCGACGAGUUAUCUGCCACACCCGCGAGAGAACCUUGGUGGGAUUAUAACGUUAUUGAUAGACUUGACACCAGGUUGUUUAUUUACUCCUGAACCUGAAGAUCUUACGUCUGUUAACUUGCAUUCAUCCGGUCGAAAGCACGGGGCCAACGUACCGCUGUGGUUGCAACCCGCAUGGAGCGACACUUUUGUCACGCUGGCAUUCCAGAAAGUUCACGACUGAAUGGGCAAGGACUACUUCAUACGGUCCUUCUUGAGGUCAUGUUUCCGAAUCCCCGCUUAUUCCACAAUGUCUACGCGAAUAAGGACGAUUCACCUUUCGCCCGAGACACGGUUAUUCAGCGUAAAACCUUGCAUAAUCAAUUCACAAAGUGCAUCUGCCAGUUUUUAGUUUUAUCUCUGCGCUUGGCGUCUUUCAUCGUCGGAUUUGUCACUGUUGAUUCUCUGGGCUACUGAAAUCUACUAUAGCAACAAAAGGCCGGUACCAGUAUGCAUGACAGAGUGAAAUUUCUCCGAUGCUACUUGAGACACUUAUCAGGACCUAAUUUCUCCGCCAACACUUCAUUUUCGUACCAGACUGGUUUUUUCUUUAUGUGUCAGCGUAUUACAGGUCUUAAUCCCAGCAUUAUCGAUCCUCUAUGUGCCUUUAAUGUAAUGUUACCCACAUUCACCUAGAAUUCCGUCGAUCACACUGGCACCAAGACGCCCGAAUGGGCUGUAUGAUUAUUUACCCUGGGCUAAUGACACCCGUGCCGGGCCAAUUACACUCGAUCUCGGCCCUCCCAUAUUUGGCACCUAACUUUUCGAAUUUAUGGACUACCCGCGACAUUGUGGUCUAACGUUCUUAUGAUGGAGGCAAAGACGAAUUCGAUAAUCGGUCAAGCGUCUGCAUGCUGACUUCUUUUUUACUUUGUGAACAUUUCCGUAAUUGUCGUAUAAUCAUCUGGUGCGCCAACGGGAGUGUAGGAGGCUUCUGCCAAGACGACCAAUCUAUGUAGGUGUGAAUCAUGGCCCUAGCGUUCAGAGUAUAUUUUUUUCAAUUGGGGGUGUUUCGUCGUCACUUUUUACGCUCCGCUCUCUGAAUUGGUCCCCAGCGAAGGCAUAUACAGUCGGUCGGGACACUACUAGCCAACUGUUCCAUCCUUACUAAGUUUGGUAUUUGGCUAUGCCCUGCGCUGACGUAAUGACGAAAUAGACUGAAAUAUCAUCUUGCCCAAGCUCAGUCCUCACUGGCUGUGACACAAGAGCCAAAUUAGGGCAUUGGUUGGCCAUGUAAAAACCGACCUCUGACGUACUAAUUGUAAUCAAAGGCGAUCCAUUGAUACGCGUUAAACUUGCGGCCUGCGGCCGAGGGUUGAAUUUCGAAAAAUGACCCCAUUUUCACAAUGAACGCACCAUAAGACGUUUCAAUAUUAGAGAAGGGCCAACAUUCACAAACAAAUCUUCUUAUAAAAUAGUCCAUGACUUCCCUCCGCGUGCGUCUCAUGAGUUCGCUAUGUGUUUGCCGCUCAUCAAAGCAACCUUAUAGAUGGAGAACUACCGUACACUUCCAAGUUGCCUCUCGCGUCCUUUAAUUUAUUUCAUAUGUGAUUUGGCGUGGUUGUAAAGGAUUCUGUAUUAGGAUAAUCCAUUUUUCUGGCGACAUUCUGGAACUAAGUCGCUCCUCCGGCAUUUACCUACUCAAACUACGUAGCUAUUGUGUUUAUAACUUAUCCAGGCACAAGCUGUGUGUAGAUGCCAUCAUUUAUACACCUUCAUCCAUCAAUCUAUCGUUUCCACAGUUGUAG